GGUCUAAAUAAAUGUAAAGGGUUCGGAACAACAUGCCUUGGGCCUGAUCCGAGUAAGGGAAUGGAUAUAACGCUUCCCCCAGUGGAUACACCUUGCGAAGGCUGCCACGCCGCCGCCCAUCAACCCAACCCCGAGGCCAGAUUGGACGAGAACGAUCCGUACAGAAAGGAGGCCCGGGAGAGAGUUGCGGCAAGGGAGCAGAGGGAAAAGGCGUUUAGGGCAGAACAAGAGGAGAAGGAAAAAGAAAAGGCAAAAGAGGAGGAAGAAAAGGCAAAGAAGAAAGGAAAGGCACAGGAGAGAGUUGCGGCAAGGGAGCAGAGGGAAAAGGCCUAUAGGGAACAACAAGAGCAGGAAAGAAAGGCAAAGGAGGAGGAAGAACAUGCUGAAGUAAAGAGACAGCAGGAAAAGAAGAGAAAGGCCGCAAAUGACGCCGACCUCACGGUGAUCCCCGCAAGGAAGAAGUCGAUGACUGGGAAGACGCUACGAGAGAAAACCCUCAUAAGGAAUCAGGAGAAGAAAGAAAAAGAAAUGAAAGGGAAGAACAAGAAGGAGGAUGACGACGAGGACGACGACGACGAUGCUAGCAACAUUUAUGACGCUUGAGAGAACCAACGAAUUUCGGCAACCUAAGGUACCCUAGGUGAACUCAACGACUCAAAAGCGCAUAUAUUACCUGCGCUUUUGUCGUCUUACAUGCCGA